AUGGAUAAUACAGCAACGAAACACAAGUUUAGCUUGAGACUUCUCAUUGAUGAGGAAAAAAACAGAGUAGUGUUAGCCGAGGCAGGUAAGGAUUUUGUCGAUGUACUAUGUAGUCUCUUGACUCUUCCUAUGGGAACCAUUGUUAGGUUGCUUGAAAAGCAUCAGAAUCCACAGUCUUCAAUCGUAGGAUGCUUUCAUAACCUUUACAAAAGUGUUUCAGAGAUGGACGUUGAGAAUUUCGAGACUCAAGCUUGUAAGAAUGUGUUGAUGUUUCCAAGGAGUUUGAAGGAGAGUCACUGCAGAAAGUUAAAGAUGAACGUAGACGACACCGAAGCGACCAUGUUCUUUGUCUGUCCUAGUUUUAGGUCUAAUGUUUCAUGCUGCAAGGUAUACAGCAAUAUCAGUACCUUGAGGUGUACUUGUGGAAGCUCAAUGACCCGCGCGUUUCAGAUUGAAGGAAAGGAAGAUGAUGGCUCUGUAGGAAAUAAAGUUGAUGGAGUGUUUCUCAGUUGCAGAACUUCAUUUAUCAUCACCGAUGAUCUUAAAGUGGCAUUGAACUCGAUGGGUCUUGUUCUGAAUGUUCUCAAUGGUCUUGGCUAUUCUGGUUUUGAUAAACUGCAAGAAAUGGUUAUUGAUGUUGGUUUUGAUGAGGUAAUGAGUUUGCUAGGUUGUUUAUUCACUUCGGAAGCUCCAUUGACAGACACAUUCUUGAGGAAGCAUUGUAUGACAAGAAAGCGUAAAAUGUUGACACCUUUGGUGCAAGACAAUAUCGUUGCAGGAGAAGCCAAUGAGUUUCUAACUUUGAAAGUUUACGUUAGAAAGACAGAUAGUGUGAUACUUUAUGCUGAGUGCAGAGAAGACUUUGUCGAUUUUCUAUUCACAUUUCUCGCUAUACCGCCUGAGUUUGCUUGGGAACUCUCUGUUGACAAUAAGAAUAUGGGUUGUGUUGGGAAUCUUUGCAGAAGCGUGAAAGAUUUGAGCUUUGAGAAGCGUAAAGAAGCUAUAGUUUCUAAAUGCAUGCUUCCUUAUUACUAUGACAUCAGUCCGCAACUGCUUGACAUUUUCCUCGAGGAACGAGUAGAAUAUGAAUGUUUGGUCAUCCAGAACGGAUUUCCAGGUUCUUGCAGGUUUGCUCGCAAGAUUAACAAGUAUGAGCUCUCGAAUCGUGAAAAGAUUGUGAAGUUAUCUCCAAUGGAUCCAAAAUCUGUUCUCUGCUCAUCAGAUCAUGGUGGGGUUGGAUUUUUGAAGGGAGAAACAAAUUUCAUAGUAUCAGAUGAUCUGUUUAUCACACCUAUGAACUCAUCUUCAACUAUUUCGUUACUAAGCAAGUUGCAGAUGAACAUUAGCGAUAUCGAUGAGCAAGUGAUUAACAUUAGCAAAUCAGAGGCUGUUAGUUUACUUAGAGCUUCUUUGAUCACAUCGAAUGCAUUGACCAAUGGUCUCUCUAAUUUCCUCUCAAAGAUGAAGCCAAAUGACUCUACUGCUCCUUCUUCGUCUAAGGUCUCAAAAUCUGAAGAAACACUUUGA